GAGCGGCACCGGUAGUCACCGGCGCCCGACGCGCGCUGCAGGUGGCAAGUUGGAGGCGCUGCCGCCACCGCUGCAGGAGAAGCCCGGGUCUGGCAACCCCUUGCAGCCACCGGGAGCUCUUUCCCGCCGCUGAGUCCGAGCUCAGACCCGGAAAAAGCCGAGGGGAACAACCGCUGUGCAGGGACUAAGAGCAGCGCUCCGGCUGCGUGCCCUUGCGCUACUUUGUUUUCUCUGAGGAAGGUUGUGCCUGGGGGCUGGGAACAGGUUCGGAAAGGAAUCGAGAGCAAGGCUUCUGCUAUCCAGAACAAUCAACCAUGACGACCGAAUCGGGAUCAGACUCAGAAUCCAAGCCAGACCAGGAGGCCGAGCCCCAGGAGGCAGCAGGGCCUCAGGGACAAGCAGGGGCACAGCCUGGACCAGAGCCUGCUGGUGGGAGCAGCGAGGAACAGCCAGCACUAGAGAAGUUCCCAGAAGCUGCCGCGCACAGUACCCCAGUGAAGAGGGAGGUCGGCAGCGGCGACAAAGACCGAGAUUUCGCAGCUGCAGCUGCGAAACAGCUCGAGUAUCAGCAAUUUGAGGACGAUAAGCUCUCUCAGAAAUCAUCCAGCAGCAAACUCUCGCGGUCCCCGUUGAAGAUCGUGAAAAGGCCCAAAAGCAUGCAGUGCAAAGUGACGCUUCUGGACGGGUCAGAGUACGGCUGCGAAGUGGACAAGCGCUCCCGAGGACAAGUGCUGUUUGACAAGGUGUGCGAGCAUCUGAACCUGCUAGAAAAAGACUACUUUGGCCUCACGUAUCGAGACGCAGAGAAUCAGAAGAACUGGUUGGACCCUGCUAAGGAAAUUAAAAAGCAGAUUCGGAGUGGUGCCUGGCAUUUUACAUUUAAUGUGAAGUUUUACCCACCAGACCCUGCCCAACUAUCAGAAGAUAUCACCAGGUACUACCUCUGCUUGCAGCUGCGAGAUGAUAUUGUGUCUGGACGGCUACCCUGUUCCUUCGUUACUCUUGCCCUGCUGGGCUCCUACACUGUGCAGUCAGAGCUCGGGGACUACGAUCCCGAUGAAUGUGGGAAUGACUACAUUAGUGAGUUCCGCUUUGCGCCAAACCACACGAAAGAACUGGAAGAUAAAGUGAUCGAGCUGCACAAGAGCCACAGAGGAAUGACGCCAGCUGAAGCAGAGAUGCAUUUCCUGGAAAAUGCCAAAAAGCUCUCCAUGUACGGGGUGGACUUACACCAUGCCAAGGAUUCGGAAGGAGUAGAAAUCAUGUUAGGAGUCUGUGCCAGUGGUCUGUUGAUAUAUCGUGACCGGCUUCGAAUAAACAGAUUUGCUUGGCCCAAGGUCCUAAAAAUUUCUUAUAAACGGAACAACUUUUACAUUAAAAUCCGGCCAGGAGAGUUUGAGCAAUUUGAAAGCACCAUUGGGUUCAAGUUGCCGAACCACAGGGCCGCUAAGCGCCUCUGGAAAGUGUGCGUGGAGCAUCAUACAUUUUUCAGACUACUGCUACCAGAAGCACCUCCAAAGAAAUUCCUGACCUUGGGCUCCAAGUUCCGCUACAGCGGCAGAACCCAGGCGCAAACGAGAAGAGCCAGCGCGUUGAUAGACCGCCCGGCGCCUUACUUUGAACGCUCGUCCAGCAAACGAUACACCAUGUCUCGAAGCUUGGAUGGAGCAUCAGUGAGUGAAAACCAUGAAAUAUACAUGAAGGAUUCUAUGUCUGCUGCAGAGGUUGGUACAGGCCAGUACGCCACAACAAAGGGCAUCUCUCAGACCAACUUGAUCACCACUGUGACUCCAGAGAAAAAGGCUGAAGAGGAACGUGUGGAGGAAGAGGGCAGAAGGAAGAAGGCGGAGGAAGCCACACCCGUCACAGCCCUCCGGCACGAGGGAAAGUCACCACCACCUGGGCAUGGCACUGCUGGCUCAUGUCCCCAGUCACCCCCAUCAGCCCAUCUUGACCCUCCCUCUCCGGCAGUGCUCCGUAGGAGGUGUAAGGAGAAGGAAAGGGCUUCUCCGGGUUCUGCUCUGCCUAACAGGGAGCCAUCCUCGGAGUCUGAGGCCCAGGGGAAGGCCUACUUAGGGGACCAAGAUGUGGCGUUUGGUUACAGACAGCCAGCUGGCAAAGGAACCACGCUGUUUUCCUUCUCCUUGCAGCUCCCUGAGUCAUUCCCCUCACUCCUGGAUGAGGACGGGUACCUCUCUUUCCCCAACCUUUCUGAAACCAACCUCCUGCCCCAGAGCUGGCAGCACUUCCUGCCCAUCCGCUCGCCCUCCCUCCUUCCCUGCUUCCUCUUCAUCUUCUUCUUCCUGCUGUCCGCCUCCUUCUCAGUGCCAUAUGCCCUCACUCUCUCCUUCCCUCUGGCUCUGUGCCUCUGCUACCUGGAGCCCAAGGCGGCCUCCUUGAGCGCCUCCCUAGACAAUGACCCGAGUGACAGUUCAGAGGAAGAGACUGACAGUGAACGGACAGACACUGCAGCUGAUGGAGAGACCAGUGCGACGGAGUCGGACCAGGAGGAAGACGCAGAGAUCAAGGCACAGGAGCUAGAUAAAACUCAAGAUGAGCUGGUGAAACACCAAACCAACAUUAGUGAGCUGAAAAGAACCUUCUUAGAAACCUCUACAGAAACUGCCUUAACAAACGAGUGGGAAAAGAGGCUCUCCACGUCUCCCGUGCGGCUGGCUGCCAGGCAGGAGGAUGCGCCCAUGAUCGAGCCACUUGUCCCUGAGGAGACUAAACAGUCUUCUGGGGAGAAGCUCAUGGAUGGCUCAGAGAUCCUCAGUCUAUUAGAGUCUGCGCGGAAACCCACAGAGUUCAUAGGAGGGGUUUCAUCUACUACCCAGAGCUGGGUGCAGAAACUGGAAACGAAGACGGAGUCCGUUGAAACAGAGGUGGAAUCCACCCCGCACCCUCAGCCCCUCAGCACAGAGAAGGUGUUGCAGGAAACGGUGCUGGUGGAGGAGAGGCACGUGAUGAAUGUGCACGCCAGUGGGGACGCUUCUCACACAGCCAGGGAUGAAGCGGAUGCUGCGGAAUCCACAGAUCCUCACAGUGGGAAAGGGAAGGAGGGCUCUUCUGUGACAGAAGCUGCUAAGGAACAGAGAGGAGAAGAGGUUGACAAGUCGGCCCCUGAGCAGGAACAGGCAGCCACUGUCUCCCAUGAGGAGGAUCAGGUGUCAGCCAUCCACUCUUCUGAGGGUUUGGAACAAAAAUCUCAUUUUGAGUCAUCCACUAUGAAGGUAGAAAGCGUGAGUGUGGGCAGUGUUUCUCCAGGAGGAGUAAAGCUAGAGGUCUCGACCAAGGAGGUGCCAGUAGUCCACACAGAAACGAAAACCAUCACGUACGAGUCGUCUCAGGUUGAUCCUGGGGCAGAUCUGGAGCCAGGUGUGCUAAUGAGCGCCCAGACAAUCACGUCUGAAACUACUAGUACCACCACCACCACACACAUCACCAAAACUGUGAAAGGAGGCAUUUCGGAGACGAGGAUUGAGAAGCGAAUAGUCAUUACGGGAGACGCCGACAUUGACCAUGACCAGGCGCUGGCUCAGGCAAUUAAAGAGGCCAAAGAGCAGCACCCUGACAUGUCAGUGACCAAAGUAGUAGUCCAUAAAGAGACAGAAAUCACACCAGAGGAUGGAGAGGAUUGACCACAGGAAUAACUCAGCUUGCACAUGAACCCCAGUCAUGUAAACCGUUAGGAAAACCGGAGCCCACGUGGAAUCCCCUCUUCUAACCCAACCGACUUAUAUCCGUCCAUCCGUGGAAAAUUCCGAUCCAGAAGAGCUGACCUUGACCACUGGAUGAAAGACCCUGGCAGAGAGAUCUUCCCGUAAUAAAGCAAUCCGAAUCAGCCUCACUAAACCGAUACUGCAUGAAGCAAAGAUUAAAAAAACACAAAAAGAGCAAAACUUUUAAUUUUCACCAAAAUAUCUCCGUUUUCAACUCUACCUGCACGUUCAUAACCAACAGUGUAAACCGUGAUCUCAUGUAACCCAUCGACAACUCAUGCCUUUCAUAGUUUAUUAUUAAAGUCUCAAUGGAACUGCAGUUUCAUAAGUGACAAAUUCUCUGUUUACAGUAAAUGGUAAUCACCCUACAAUGCUAUCAGCGUCUAGGUUCGGUGUGUCAGAUUUACCCCAGAUUAGAUGUGCCAAUAACCAACCUUAUUCAGUAAACAACUUGAAUCUCGUCCCUGUCUAAUAUGGAUUUAUCCUCACCCACAAGCAGUAACGACUCUCUGACCCUCUAGAAAUAUUUAAUGCUUACAAUCUUGCUUUAUGUCUCUCCUUUGUUAUAAGGUAGCAUUGGUUUUAGCACACUGAUGUAAUUUCUUCCUCCUCACUUGCUCUGGUCUCCAUUCAAUCCAGAAAGAUUCCUGGAAUUGCCUAAGCAAACCCUCAAUAUGUAAAUUAAUCAUUGUUUGGAAAGAAAAUAUGUAUUUUUUUGUUAGUUUACAAUAUUAUGAAAAUUCACUCCAGGGAAUACCUGUCCGGCUACUUUGCUUUCUGUUCUUCUUUUUUUUUUCCUUGUGUUCUUUUCAUUGAUUUUUUUUUUCUUCUUUUACUUGAACAAAAAGGUGUUUUAUUUACAAAUCUGGUCCAUAUUUACAAUCUAGUUCAGAGCCAAGCCUUAAAUUGUACAGAAUUUCCACUGUAAUUAAAAUAUUUAGUGUUUAGUUAUAAAUAGCCUCCAGAAAGAUUUAUUGCCCACUAUACUGUCAACUGCAUCACAGCCCGUUGUGAAUGAUGUCACCGCAUCGCGAAAUAAAAAUGGCAAAUGCAUUGAAAAGCUCUUGUCUUCUGA